AUGUCGACUUGUCCCGCCUCGAACGCGAGACGCUGCUCGUCGCCGGUGAAGAGUCGCGGGGCCGUCUCUUUGGAGGAGGCAGGCGAAGAUCGAACGACCGCGGCGGAGCUGCUUCCAGCCGCGUCGCUUGCAGGCACUUUGUCUCCAGCGUCGAAGAGUCUCGCCGCUUCCGGUGACGCAAAAAGCCUCGACGGAGGCGAGGGAGACACGGCGGACGCCUCUGCCGGGAAGAAGGACGCGCAUUCGCGUGAAGAGGAGACGCCGGCGAGCGAGAAAGCCUCACAGGAAAACGCCGUAGAGGACGCUGAUGGAGACGAGCCGGGUUGCGAUCGCGCUCGCGCUACCUCGCUAAAGAGGCUCCUCUGCGACAGCGCCCCUCCAGUCCUCGUCGUUGCGGGGCCGAGUGGGGCUUUCGGCUUCAGUAUCAGCCACACCUCGCGGCAGCCCCGCCCGGGCGAGUGCCACGGCAAAGAAUAUUUCUUUUGUUCCCGCGAGGAGUUUGAGAGGCUGAAGAAAGAAGGUCACUUCGUGGAGUCGGCGGAGUUUUCUGGAAACUGUUACGGCACGUCUUUCGCGGCAGUCGACAAAGUUCGUCGCGAAGAACGCAUCUGCCUCCUCGAGAUCGACAUGGCCGGCGUCAUCCAAAUUCAGUCCACUCCCCUCGCUAAGCAGGCGCACUUUGUGUUUAUUAAGCCUCCCUCGGUGGUGGAACUGGAAGCUCGGCUACGAGGUCGAUGCACAGAAAAAGAAGAACACAUUGCGAAGAGGCUGGCAGCAGCGAAGCGCGAAUUGCUGCUGGCGAAAGAAGUCCACUUCGACUUCUACCUCACAAAUGACAACUUGGAGGAGGCGUGGCAGAAGCUGGAGAGUCAGCUCGUCCAGUGGUAUGGGCCUGUCUUCGACAAGAAGUCCGACCCAGGCGAGAAGAAGAGCAGACAGAGCGAAGAGGGAAACUCAGAGAGAAAGGCAGAGUAA